UGGGGAAAGUGAAACAAGGGAAAGGCGGAUUGAGAAAGAAAGAACAAGAAACGAUGGAGACAAUAACAUUAUCCACUUCGCUUACCACUUCAUCCUUUGGCGCCUCAGUGGCGGCGACGGCGACGGCGAAGAGAAGCAGCGCCACCUGCUUAUCCUACACCUCUCACGGAAACCUUAACGUGAACCACUUAGCAGCAUUCCACAAACAAUCCCAUCUCUUCACAAAAUCCCCUACACGUCCUUUCGCUUUCACCAAAACCCGUGCUAACAAAUCCACCCAUGGCAUCUUCCUUCCCCACUUGGUCGCUUCAUUGGAACAAGUUGAACAAACUUACAUUAUGGUCAAGCCUGAUGGUGUACAACGUGGCCUUGUUGGAGAAAUUAUUUCGCGGUUCGAGAGGAAAGGGUUUAAGCUGACCGGCUUGAAGCUCUUUCAAUGCCACAAAGAAUUGGCUGAGGAACACUAUAAGGAUCUCAAGACCAAGUCAUUCUAUCCUACCCUGAUUGACUACAUUACUUCUGGACCGGUCGUAUGUAUGGUCUGGGAGGGUGUUGGUGUUGUUGCAUCCGCACGUAAGCUGAUCGGAUCUACCAAUCCUCUUCAGGCUGAGCCCGGCACUAUAAGAGGAGACCUUGCGGUUCAAACAGGAAGGAAUGUUGUCCAUGGUAGUGACAGCCCUGAGAAUGGCAAGCGUGAAACAGCUCUUUGGUUCAAAGAAGGUGAAUUAUGUGAGUGGACACCUGCUCAAGCACCAUGGUUAAUGGAGUGACCUUUUUUCAUUGUUGAGGCAAAAGCAAUUUGUAAGCUCUCUUCUUAUCAACCCAUUUAUUUCUUCAAGAUUGAUGUAAUUGCAAAUGUUAGAGCUGCAGGUUUUGUAUGAAUAAUGGAAGAAAUUCAUGUGUUUUUGCUUUCUAGUCCUUAAUUUAUGACAGGAAAUUUCAAUAUUAUCACAA